AUGGGUUUUAAAAGAUCUUCAUCCACCCCAACCAGACCUGCUACACCAAUGAUCGACGAACCAAUCUCUAAAUAUCAACAACCAUUAAUACCUGGACCCUUAACAUCGCCGAUCAUUUUACCAUUUAAAAUCGGUUCAACAAUUGUAAAUAGUAAGGAUGGCUUGGAGUAUCAAUUGAUUCGGCCACUUGGCAACGGUUCAUACGCUGUUGUUUAUAUGGUUCGCGAAAAAUCUACAAAUAAAUUUUACGCUUUAAAAUGUUUAUCUAAAGCUGAACUAAACGAUGAUCAUUUGGAAGUUCAACGCAAUGAGGUGCUUCUUCAUGAAAAACUUUCACAUCCUAAUAUAGUGAAAUUGGAACAUUAUUUUGAAACAUCGGAAUGGCUCUUUCUAGUGCUCGAGUAUUGUGAAGGCCAAGAUUUAUAUUAUUGGUUGACUCAAAAUAACGAUGCCAUAGAUACAAGAACUGGUAAACGUUUAUCAGAACACGAAAGAAUAAAUCUCGUAGAGCAUGUCUUUAUGCAAAUCUUGGAAGCUGUAGGCUAUUGUCAUAGUAAAGGUAUUGCUCAUCGUGAUCUCAAACCUGAAAAUUUUAUUGUCAUGGUUAAUAAGAACAAUAAAAAAAAUAAGAACAAAAGCGGUCAUGGUGAUAAUAACGGAUAUGGAUUUGAAAUACAAAUAAAAUUGACCGAUUUUGGUUUGGCUACUGAUGAAGUUGAAUCAAUUGAUUUUGAUUGUGGCUCUAAACCUUACAUGAGUUAUGAAUGUCGUAAUCCCAUAGAUGAAACAUAUAAUACACGACUCGCAGAUAUUUGGUCAUUAGGUAUAAUUUUUCUUAACUUGGUCUAUCAUCGUUCACCAUGGAGUGAUCCAAAUCCGGACCAAUGCAAAUCAUUUGCCUCAUUUCGAACCGACAAGGUUGGAUUUUUGAUGCGAAAAUUUCCGAGAAUACCAAAAAAAGUUGCAUACUUUUUGGCAAAUUAUGUAUUCAAUAGCCCUGAAAAAGGUCGGAUUGAAAUUGAUCAAUGGAAACUUUGGUGUGAAGAUUUAAAUGAAAAAAUGAAUACGGCUAUUGACAGUACUAAAGACGAAUCCUAUAAACCAUCGAGUCUUAAUAGCAGCAGUCGCAGCAGCAACAAGGAGGACAAUAACAAAUAUAAUAUUGAUUAUGACGAUAAUUAUGAUGGUGACGAUGAUCAUGUCGCACGCCAUGAUUCUUGGUCAGAUAUUUUAGGGGCAUUUGUCAAAGAAUUAAGCAUCAAAGACGAUGACAAUGAUAAUAAAGUUGAAAUUAAUAAUAAUGAUGACCGUAAAUCAAUCACGUCACCAUCAUCACCAUUCAAGGAAAUUAAUAAUGAUGAUGAUUAUUCACCGAUUGAACAGCAACCAAUUAUUAUCACUAAUGCUAACGCUAAACCACCGUCAUUGACUAUUGUUGUUAAUGAUAACGAAAAUCUAGAUUAUGAUGAUUCAAUUGCUGCUAAUAACAGUGACGCUGAUUCUGGAUUUGGUACAGAUGAAGAUACCAAUACUAAACCUUGGGAUGAGCCAUUAAGAACUCCUCGUGUAGACUGUAAUGAUUAUCAUCAACGUGAUGACACAUCACCGUCAUCACCAACAACUACAACAUUUAAUGAUCAUUGGUCUUCAUCUAAUCAACGCCGUGAACGUGUUGAAAAACGUCGUAAAGAAAAACAGGAACAACAACUUUCUGUAUGGGGUGCUAAUAGACGUCGCGGAUCUUUGACCAAUAAUAAUAAUUUUAGUAAUGAAUCAACAUCACCUUCACCAUGGGAUUCAUUUAAUAAUCGUUAUAAUCAAUCAAAAAAUGUAAUUAGUAAGAGAUCUGCGCCUUCUUUACAUCAUUCACCACGUAAAACAAAAAGUUCACAAUCAAUUAAAAAUUCUCAUCGGACUUCAUUUCCGACCACAACAACUGCUUAUUAUCAUCCAUAUCAAUCAAAUGAAACAACUACAACUACUACUAAAUCAUCAUCAACUGAUCCAGUUGUUUUAAGUACACCAAAGGACAUUAUUAGCAACAAUAAUAAGAACGAUGUUAAAAAUAGUUCUUUCGCUUCUUCCAGAGUAACCUUUUCAAUUACAACAGCUUCCAAAGCAGAGUCUACAAUAACUCCUUCUCGUGACAAUAACGAUAAUAAUAAAAGAACAGGAACUCGUUCACCACCACCAUCAAAAUAUUUUGAGAAAACUCCAAAGAAAAAAGUUACUAAAUCUACAAAAACCAAUUUGAGUAAAAUGUUAACUGGCGUGGUAAUGUUUAAUCGUGGUGUUAAAGUUGGUGGACAGUCAAAUAAUGAAUUUUGA